GGAGGCCGAGCCCAUGAGGCGGCGGCGACGACGACGACGGCGGCAGAGGCGGGACGGUUUGCAGCCAGCGCCGGACUCGCUCAGAGGCGGGGCCGCCCAGGCCAUGGCGGGCGUCUUUGACAUCGACCUGGACCAGCCGGAGGAGGCGGCGGCGGGCUCGGAGGAGGACGAGCUGGAGGACGGGGGUCAAAUAAGUGAAAGUAUGGACCAUGGAGGAGUUGGACCAUAUGAAUUGGGCAUGGAACAUUGUGAAAAAUUUGAAAUCUCAGAAACUAGCGUGAACAGAGGGCCAGAAAAAAUCAGACCAGAAUGCUUUGAACUACUUCGCGUACUUGGUAAAGGGGGCUAUGGAAAGGUUUUCCAAGUACGUAAAGUCACAGGAGCUAAUACCGGGAAAAUAUUUGCCAUGAAGGUGCUUAAAAAGGCAAUGAUAGUAAGAAAUGCAAAAGAUACAGCCCAUACAAAAGCAGAAAGAAAUAUCCUGGAGGAAGUGAAGCAUCCCUUCAUUGUGGAUUUAAUUUAUGCCUUUCAGACUGGUGGAAAACUCUACCUCAUUCUUGAGUAUCUCAGUGGAGGCGAACUAUUUAUGCAGUUAGAAAGAGAGGGAAUAUUUAUGGAAGACACAGCCUGCUUUUACUUGGCAGAAAUCUCCAUGGCUCUGGGGCACUUACAUCAAAAAGGGAUCAUCUACAGAGACCUGAAGCCGGAAAAUAUCAUGCUUAAUCACCAAGGUCAUGUAAAAUUGACAGACUUUGGACUAUGCAAAGAAUCUAUUCACGACGGAACAGUCACGCACACGUUCUGCGGAACAAUAGAAUACAUGGCCCCUGAAAUCUUGAUGAGAAGUGGCCAUAACCGUGCUGUGGACUGGUGGAGUUUGGGGGCAUUAAUGUAUGACAUGCUGACUGGAGCACCCCCAUUCACUGGGGAGAACAGGAAGAAGACAAUUGACAAAAUACUCAAAUGUAAACUCAAUUUGCCUCCCUACCUCACACAAGAAGCUCGAGAUCUGCUUAAAAAGCUGCUAAAAAGGAAUGCUGCUUCCCGACUUGGAGCUGGCCCUGGGGACGCUGGAGAAGUUCAGGCUCAUCCUUUCUUCAGACACAUUAACUGGGAAGAACUGUUGGCUCGGAAGGUGGAGCCUCCCUUUAAACCUCUGUUGCAAUCCGAGGAAGAUGUGAGCCAGUUUGAUUCAAAGUUUACACGUCAAACACCUGUUGACAGCCCAGAUGACUCAACUCUCAGCGAAAGUGCCAACCAGGUCUUUCUGGGUUUUACAUACGUGGCUCCAUCCGUACUGGAAAGUGUGAAAGAGAAGUUUUCAUUUGAACCAAAAAUUCGAUCUCCUCGUAGAUUCAUUGGCAGCCCCAGGACACCAGUCAGCCCUGUCAAGUUUUCUCCUGGAGACUUCUGGGGAAGAGGUGCUUCCGCCAGCACAGUGACUACUCAGCCACCUGUGGAGUAUCCCAUGGAGACCAGCGGAAUAGAACAGAUGGACGUGACGAUGAGUGGAGAGGCAUCGGCACCACUUCCCAUCCGUCAGCCUAACUCUGGGCCGUACAAAAAACAGGCCUUUCCCCUGCUUUCCAAACGGCCGGAGCACCUGCGCAUGAAUCUAUGACAGUGAAGUGCGGCUGACAGGUUUAACUCCGUAAGGACAGAAACAAAAGACGGAGCGUGAGCAUCCUACAAGCUGAAAUGAGAGUUCAGAAAGACGGUAUCAGAGAGUCAGUAUCGUUGCACAGACAGUUUGGGAAAAGGAAAGAAAAAGAUGGAUGUAAAAGAAAAGUCAAUUAAUGGUGCAGAAAACCAAACACCCCAAGCAGAAGGGCGUUGCGGAAGUCUAGGCACGCCUGUCUAUUAACUGGUUUCCAGCGACACCUCACCUUUCAAGGAUUUUUCAUGUCGAUGGCUUGAAAUUGACAGUAUUAAGCGUAGGAUGUUGCUCCGGAAUCAGCAGAGUCAUGAGUUUGUCAACAAGGGUCAGCCCUUUCACUAGGCAAAAGUACGAAAUGCCGAUUAACACUUGCGUCCUGAGGACAAAUUAGCAUGCGAGCUUGGUCAAACUGUUUCCCUCUGGCAGUGUGGAAUCAAAGAGGAGAGAACCUUUAACAAUUAACGUUUUACGUGCAAAACAAAACCUAAUGAAUUUUUUUUAUAUAAAUAUAUAUUUUUCAAAUAGAUUUUUGAUUCAGCUCAUUAUGGAAAGCACCCCAAACUUUAAAAUGCAGAAUUACCGGUCAGUGGGCGGAAGGCCAGACUUAACUAGUUCUGUUUCUUCUCUUGUUGGAAUAAUAAAAUGGAAAAAUGAAUCAUCGCUAACUACAGCUGUGGCUCGUUCGAGGGGCGGGGGGAGGAAUCGGGGCUCACUCCACUACCCAGCCGCAAAUACUUGUAACACUAGGAGAAAAAGAAUCGACUCAGUGCUUUGGCAGUGCUGAGUUAAACUGGAAGCCAGAGGCUAGACAAAACUCGUAUGUCUGUAAUUCAUCUUUGUCCGGGGCCCUUGCUUCCCUGGGGGGAAAAAAACCACCUUAUCCCCUCUUCUUCCUUGUGUUUGUGUCGGUUUAAGUGUUAAAUUCAGAUCUAGGCCUGCGUAACAGGUCCCACCAGGCUGGGAGGAGGAUGCUGGUAGCUGUCCGUCUGCCUCCAAGCCCUACCACACCAGUAAUCUCGCUGCAGCCGACCAACCGGUAAGAAGCUUCCGUGGCUCACUUUUGUGGUUUUCAUUUACCGUGUGCGAUGUUUACCCCCCCGCUCUUCUCCAUACGAGGUUCACGCUGAGGGCGUAUACGUUUUCGGGCGGUAAAAGUAUUAAGAUGGCCUUUUGAUGAACGUCUUCCACAGUAAGGACUUCUUAGCGGCUUAAUUUAGCAUACGUCUGAACAUAUUAGGCACUAUUGUUUUUGAGAUGAUUGUCGUAAAAAUCCGUACAAGUGGCUUACAGGUACAAAGAAUGAAAGUACAGGUAACUUUACCUUAAUUACUUCCUGCCUUAAAGAAAGCGAUUUCCACGAGUAUAGCUGGUGAAAGGGUUAGCAGCUGCAAAGCUGUUUCAGUAGGUAAACCGUGCGAAUGACUGUGUUGUGCACAUACCGGUGUAACGGAUGAUCUUGUCACCUCCUGGCUCGCCAUUCUGUACUGUCUUCAGUCCUCGGCUCUUCAGAUUCAACCUGUGAUGCUCACCCUCCUAGGGAUUUUUCUAUAGAUGCUGCUUUGUUCUGUGUUCUCCAAACCUAUUUGAGCCAUAGGAUCCAAGCCAUAAAGUUCUUUAUACCCACUGAAUCCAGCCAGACACAAGCAAGGUUUUUUCAGGUUGGUUUUUUUUUCAUUGUUAAUCAGUUUGAGGCGACUCCCGCCACUUCAACACAACACAGUGCUAUCAAGUCUGAAACGGAUCUGAAAAGAACAUUUUCAGUUCUGUGUUACCGACAGCUACUGAAGGGGGGAAAACGGCUAGUUUUUCUUGGCACGAAGCUUUCUAUUUCUCUCCCUUAUUACAGCAGCCUAUUUUUUUUGUGUGUGUGGCGCUUCUUGUUUUGUGGUUUUUGUAGAAAAAAAAAAUCUCACUUACCUUUGCUCAACUAAUGAUCCAAGUCCGAAACUGCUCUCCCAUACUCUGUCCUUUGUGGGACAAACUGAGAACCCAGUUCUGUAAUGUGCAGCUACUACGAGAUUUGAAAACAAGCGGCUUGUGCUACCGAGGGAUCACUUCCAUCCCGUCACAUCACCAAAGCAGAUCAAGUUGCAUUGCUACUUUCAUACCCAUACUGUCCCUGUUCUAUUUUCUGGUAACAUUGACACUGUGAUUGAAUAUAAUUCCAUAGUUCUUUCAUCUUCCUGAACCAGUAUGGCUGGCAAUAAUGACAAGAGUUGCAAAACUCUGCUGCAGAGAUAUUGUUAAACUAAAUAUAUAUAUAUAUAUUCAUAAUCUGUUCGACAUCCACUGUAGUGGACUUAAGCUCCCAUGCUGUCAUGUGUUCUUAUUCUGUAACAGUGCUCCAUAAUAUGGAUAUUACUGACGCCCCAACCGUAACUGUGAAAAUGUGUCACGUGACACCUUGGUGUCAUUCAGACAGCAAGUACACACUAUGCAAUGUGGUUUCUCCUAUAUUUAUUUGUAAAAAUCCAAACAUAGUUUAUAUAUAUAUAUAUAUUUAGUGUCAAUAUUACUAGUCAUGAACUUCUAGGAGGAGCUUUGUUCUACCUUAAAGUUAUUUCAAGUACUAGCGUACAGAAGCUUAAAAAGCUUCUUCACUUUUCUUUAAUAGCAAUUAUAGAAUCUUCUUUUUUUUAUUUUGUACAAGCUGUGCUUUUUUAAUUAAUGUAAUCAUUGGGUUUCCUGAUACUAAUUUGAUUUUUAGGAUUUAUGGCAUUACAGAAUAAACCUGGGUUCGUAAAUCCUGCUGUGAUUAACCAUGUAAAGUAUUAAAUCUUGAAUUUGAACCAAAUCGCAUUUAAGUUGUUUUCCAAAAUAAGCCUGUUUUUGCAUUUGCUAUUGAAAAAUGAGGUUGAGUGCCUACCAACUUUCUUCCAAAACAUUUUGAGAUGGAAAAUAACGCUAGGGAGUCGGUUGCACUUUUGGUAUGCCACAACUUUUCAUCGUAGGUAUGAACUGGUGACACAAGAUAUUCCGAAUCCUACUGAGACUGAGCCCGUGAAUUUUAAUAGCAUUUGAGUGCCUGUUGCAACUACACGCUUGAGUGGGAAUAAAGGAGGGUGGAAUUUGCAAUCUAACAGGGAAGACAGAAUAACUCACCCACAUUUGUCCUUCGAUUCUCUUCUGCCUUUUAUCUGUAAUCGCAAGAUGCAAUUGAUAGCGGAAGAAAGGUUUAAUGCGUGAACGAUGGAAGUUGAUGCCUAAAACCACCCCUAACCUCCACACCGUUGGUUAAACUUAUUUUUUGUCAGUGUGAUGAGGUAAAAUCUAAGCAUCGGUCCACGUUUCCAAAAAGAGAAACCCAAGUAGCCUAGUAAAAGUAUUUCACUGGCCUCUGCUAUGGGCUAGGACCUGUCUGCACUGCUGCCAGAGAAACAUCAUCCCUUGUCAGUUAACAGCACAAGUAUUGCCUCAAAUAAAUACUCUAUUUUCCAUUUUUUUCUGUUUUCUUUUUUUACCCUGUUGGCUUUGCAUUCAUCUAUCAAAACCAACUCUCUUAGCUGCCUUACUUAAAGGACUGAUAAUGAGGGUACCAACCCUUUCUGCUUUUCGUCAUCUUGUACUUAGUUUACUGUAUUAAAACAUACUUGACUUCAGACUGAAUGGAUGUAAAUAGCCAUUAAAUGCAAAUUUGAAUGAC